AAAGUUCCUGGGACUGCCUUGAACUUCUGCUGCGGAGACGCAGUCGCCAAACAACGCUCGAACAGUUACUAUCCGGUGUCCGUUUAGAAGCCGCGUGAAAAUGACCUUGGUGCUUUAUUGGCCAGCUGACCCGGCCCCAAUGGUCUGCUAUAGCCGCGUUGCCCAUGGAUAUUGAAUCCGCAGCCAUGAUUAGGAGACGACAGAGGGAACGCAGGGGCGGCUUCGAGGUGAAGAUGCGAUGGAAAUGCUGGCAAAAAGUUGCUCGGACGCGGACAGGAACUCAAGAAAGAUUGACAGCUAUCAGAUGGGCGGACCGGACAAAGCACGGGGACCCCAAAGUCGCGGAGUGUCCGAACGGAUAAUAGAUUUUCAGUGACAACCUCGUCUGCUCUGGACCGGGUCGUCUGGAUUGGACGAAUGCAAGGUGUGGGCAACCACAAGCAUUCGGAAGCGUCACUCCCUCGAGAAUCGAGAUACACUUCCUCCUCCAACCAUCAAUGAUGGCAUCAUGCCGUGGCGGGACAGCGAUCAAAUGACCGGAACAAGGUCCGGAAAGUGAGAUUCUCCUCGCUAGCUACCCCCCGAAACAGAGAUUCCAAAUCGGUCCUUCGUUACGUCGGCGGUCGGGAUCGUUGACCAAUCCUCUCUUACCUCGCUUCUUCGUGUCUAGAUCUACCUAACCGUGAACUGUUUAUUUGUGUGCACCAUCUUCGUCUCUACUACAUAACACCUCGGGACCUGCCCCUCCUUUCUCCUCCCCUGCUUGUCCACUGUAUCACAAUCUCGCAGCCGCAGCCGCAGCCGCAGCGGCCCGGAGUUGAUCGCGCGCAUAAGCCUUAGGGACUCAAAUGCCUGUUGACAAGUCGAAGCCUUCCUCUUCCAAAUCGCAUCUCAAACGCAAGGACCCCAAUGGUUCAGAAUACGUCUCCCAGAACAUACCAGGCGCGAGUGGGUUGACACAUGCGAGAGAGCUGGAAGUCAAGCGGAGUCGCGGCGAGGUCAGUUGUGCUGAGUGCAGAAGGAAAGUUCUUUGCGACAAGCAGAUUCCCUGCCAGUCCUGCAUCCGACGUGGCUGCGCGGCGCUGUGUCCGAACGGCGCACUGGCGACGGGCCAAGGCACGCGCUUCGUGCUCGCUGCGACCGAGCACCUGCACAGGAAGAUCUCGCGCAUGAGCGAGCGGAUACGCUUGCUCGAGGACGCUCUGGGAUCCCUGCAUGCGGACACGGGCGGGCCGGAUUCGGUCCAUCCGCUGCUUCUCAAGAGCGAGGACUUCUCCUUGCCGGAUGAACCACCGAUGCGGCGACAGGGCUCUGAGGUCGAUGACGGAGUUGGAGGGGAGGAGGGGAGCACGGGCUCGCAGACCAACGGAGAGGUCAUCGACGCGUUCGGGACACUGAGCAUCUCGGACUUUGGGAUUUCAAGGUUUUUCGGGCCCACUGGUGGAAGUGAAGUGCGUAUCCUUAUCCGUGCAUACUCUUUCUUUGGCUCACAGAUGCAUCAGAGUCUGCUGCUAUCGAACACCACUCCGACUUCUGAUUCUUCUGGGUCGCCUUCGUCUUAUUUGUCUCGCAACUCGAAGUCGCGGUCCCCGGCUACAAGCCACACCUCCUCGCCUAUCUCGCCGCCGACAGCUGGGCCGCCGAGCUCCACUUUUUCACCGGGGCACAUCUCACGGCACUCACAUUCCUCAUCAUCAGAUUCUCCAACGCACUUCUGUCCGACGUCUUUCCCCCUUACUCCAUUGGGCCCGUUGCCAGACAUUCAUGCACUAGUAACAUCACAUCUUCCCCGGCGACGAUGCGCGAUGGUUCUUGUCGAUGCUUAUCUUACCCAGCUAGGCUGGCUCUUUCAUCUCGUCUCGGCAGAGCAGGCGCAUGAUACAGUACGAGCUGUCUAUCGUGUUUUCCAGCCCGAUGCCCGAGAAGUCCAGGACGAGAAACGGGACGAGGACGGGAGCGGCGAAGAAGACUACACGGGCCCACACGACAUUGCGCUUCUGUUUUUGUUAUUCGCCGUCGGGACACUGGUCUCUGCCCCAAAUCCGGGCGAAGAGUCAGAUGCCCACCAACAACGCAUCAACGCCGAGUCGUUCCACAUGCACCAGGUGGCCCGUGCUGCUUUGACCAUGCAGUCGAUAUUGGAAAAGCCCAGCAUCGUCACCGUCCAGGCGCUGCAUUUGCUGAGCGUGUAUAUCUCGAUUUCGACGAAUGAGGAGGACGGCGACACGAGUAUGGAGACGACCUGGAGUCUGGUCCGUAUUGCGAGUCACUUGAGCCAGACAAUCGGUCUACAUCGAGAUAGCGCGAGAUGGGGUUUGUCUGCGAAGAUGAACCAGCGAAGAAGGAGAGUAUUUUGGGACAUCUUCACCGCCGAUGCUUGGAUGAGCAUGCACACUGGUCGGCCCCCGACCUUCUCACUAGCCUAUAUCGAUUGCCCGCUGCCGAGCUACGAAGGCGUCAAUACCAGCGACGAAAUCUUCGAAGUUUGGCAGUUUCGCUUCGCUGCGGAUUGUGUGGCGGAAGUUACUGCCCGGACGCUGACUGCUGAAGCCCCCACUUACGCAACCAUCAUGGAGCUGGACAGGAAAGUCAGAGAGUUUCCUCUGCCGUCCAAUCUGAAGGAUCCAUCCCCGGAUGACAUGGGUGCGAGUAUGCAACGUUGCAUCUACGAACACGUCCGGGAGACUGUGUUAAUGUACAUCCAUCGAAGUUUCUUUGCACAAGCGAUCAUCGACCAACCGGAGAAUCCCCUCAAGAGCUUGUACGCGCCGUCGUUCCUGGCCGCCUAUCGCGCCAGCUCGACCAUUCUUAAAUCCGUGAAGGAUCAAUAUGCGGUGAUGCCCACCAUGUGUGCCAGAUUUUGGACGAUGUGGACGUUUGCUUUCAGCGCUGCUGUUGUAUUCGGAACUGUGGUGACUAGGGGACCACGAAGUCCGUUGGCUGGCGCUGCCAUGACAGAACUGGACUCUGCGUGUCUCUUGUUCUCCAAGGCGGCAGUGUAUGGUCGCCGGGCUACUCGUGCAUUGCCUGUCUUGAUGAAGCUCCAAGAAAAGGCCAAGCAAGCUCUCCAUGCCGUGCAGAAUGAGCCUUCAGGGACCGAAACCGGCUUCAGUUGGAGUAUGAGCGGAGUGCUUGGACCGGAUGGCCAGCCUAUGCCGAUAAAAACCGAGGAGCACGACGAGCUGGCCAUCAUCGCCGGCCACACUCGACUGGUUUCUGGCGGCCAGAACCAGCGCAGUAUCUCCCAAGCGUCAUCCUCAUCUUCCUCGUCGGCUUCAUCAGCGAAGGCCUUCCCUUCCAUCUUACCGGUGCAACCGCCGUCAGAGGAGCUGCUGCACACGCCAGAACGAUACCGGCACCGACCUCCGCUGUCGUCGUAUCACCAGCCGAUGGACGACGGGCCGUUGAUACAGUCGAUGCACCACCAGCUGUCGUCCCGUGCGCCCCUGAUACAGAACGAAUGGACCUCCCAGGCUCGCUCGCACCAUCACCACGAGCCGUACCGAGAAGAGCGGGCGUAUUAUCCAUCCGACGGGCGGGUGUUGCCGGAGGUCACCUCGAACGCACAGACGCAUUUUGCAUGGUCGUCGCAGUACAGCUCUCGGCAAGCGCAGCAUCCAUAUCAUCCACAGCAGCAGCAACAGCAGCAGCAAUCAUACGCCGCCGAUUAUUCUCAGCAGCACGCACAGCUGGCACAUCUCGGUAUGGCAUCCGGCGACUCCCGGCUGGACGACAGAUGGACUUCAUUCAUGCAGGAUUCGGGACUUAUGGAGGGAAGCGGGGACUACCGCGCGCGGUAGCGGGGAUGUAUCUUUAUUCACAGGACUGUGUUCUCCCCUAACUUAUUAUUAGAGCUGGGACUGUAAUUGCCAUUCUGUAUAGUAGGAUAUCUUAUCACCGUCUCGGUUUUAAGAGACACCCGAAUCGAAGAGGAUAUUUCUCUCACCUGAUUAUGUUAUGUCUCGGCAUUCUGCCUUCGCGCUGACAUUCGAGCACUGGUCUGAAGCCUCCGAAAGCGGCAAAACCUCCGGCCUCUUCGACAGCGCACAACGCGGGCUGUGUUCCUUCUCUCCAAGCUGGACCACAGAUCUCUGAGAUGACGCCGGUACGUCGGCCAGCAUCGCCUGCAGCUGCGGAAGAGAGUCUGCUGUGCUCCUUGAUGGAUCCAGCUCAUGGCCAAAAUAACGACUGUGCAAAGAUGUGCUAAAAACAGAUAUUCGGCAGACCCCAUGAUUGUUAGCACGGCCUUAAUGGAAUACUUAUCGGUGUCCGUCAAUUAUGUGAUAAUGGAGAAGGGAGGAUAUCCAGGCGGGCCGGCGACAAUAUGUUAGAGCUGGUGAAAAUUGUCAUACGACUCAAGUCAUGCUAUCUCCGUCCCUCCAUGCUUGUGCACCCGGCCAGCCUUCAUCACAAAUUCUACACGACGCACGGUCUGGCCAAAGUCGCUUGCGAGAUCGCCUCUGAAUCCGACAAGAUCUGCAGCCCACCCCGGGCGGAUCGACCCAAAAGGGACCGCGUUGUCGCCGAUCGUUGUCUGCGAGCUGUCAACAGCCUCGUACCCGCGGAUGGCUUCCCAGCCUCCGAGAGUUGCCCAGCGCAGGACCCAUUUCCAUGGCGCACCGAGAAGCACCAUCAGCUCCAUUUCCAAUGCGUUCUGUCCGUGCGGAAAAACCCCAGUAUCACCGCCACAGGCGAUAGCGAUGUUGCCCAGCCCUGCAGCCAGGACAGCCCGGAAGGACUGUUCAGACGCCUCCCACCCAGCUGGAUUACGCUCCCGCGAGGAAUAGUAUGCGGCCAGGGUCGGCACCCAAACUGUUUUACAGCCCGGGCUGACUAGGGUCUUGAUGAUCUCUGGGCUCGUGUAGAUGUCAGAACCAUGCUCUAGAGAGUCCACGCCGAGCGCAAGCAAUUCUUUGAUCACGGGUGCCGUUUUAGCGUGCGCGGCUACUUUAAUGCCCGCGCGGUGAGCGGUGUCUAUCAAAGCCUGAAGCUCUUCCCUGCUGAACGUCGCAAUAGCACGGCCCGCCAGCCUAGGCGACACGUCCGCUAGGCGAGAUCGAAUGGGGUAGUCUGUGCAUCCGUGUCAGAGAGGACUGCAAUGGGCAUGGCUCUCUGUCACCGACCCGCAUAAAUCUAUCUCGGUGAGAACGGCCGUGAGGUAUACGACGGAGAACACAGAGACAGACCUUGAUCCAAUCAGCGCCAGCACCGAUUUGUUUCCGCACAACUCGCAUGCAUUCUGUUGUUCCAUCUGCUGCUUCAGCGCCAACCACGCCUUCGACCCCCUCUUUCGAUGGAAACAGGGAGCUUCUCGGGCCUGGUCGCGCUGAGAACUCCAUGUGCCCGCCAAGCUGGAAGCACGUACCGUAGCUACCCGUUGAAACAAUCGCUCGAUUCGCAGUAAAAUACCUCGGCCCAGGAAUCAAGGCGCCCGGGCCCGAUAGACAUUUGCGCAGCGCAAUGUCCGCGUCCUCUGCUCCCUCGGUACCGAGGUCCCUGCCCGUCGGAUCUAAGAUGGGUCGUAUUUACUAGGGCCGAUCACGACCCACCGGACGGCGGUGUAUCCUGCCAUUAACGUCUGCCGCGCGUGCACGGUAGCGCGCACAGUGCGUUCCGCGAGACUCUCCUUUGUGAGCUGAUCCUCCCACGACGUCUCGGCGUAGGAGUGGAGGAAGACUAGCAGAGUGGACAUGGACAUCGACGAGGCCGGGGCACACCGUCAGGUGCCGCAGGUCGAUCGUGUGUGGGUCGGAGAGCGCGGCGUCCGCGUACGAGGGCGUGAAGGUGUCUACUGAGGUUAUCAGGCCCGUGUCGCGGUCGACGACGAUGACUCGGUUGGGCAAGAGCUUCAAAAGAUGCGGAUCGUAGAGCUGCCCAGCGAGGAUCCUCUUGAAGCUGGGUUCCUUCAUUGUGCACUCGAAUGCAGGUAGACUGUAGACAGCUUUGGCCGGGGCGAACGCUGAGGACCGUGCACCCUGACACGCACACGUGACCCUGCAGUACACAUCACAGCCACCAUCUUGUCGCCAUCUCUACAUCUUGACGAUCUUUUGAUGCGAAGCUUUGCCAACAGUUCUCGGCCCUCGGCUGAAACACCCACCGCGGCCCGCGCGACGAAAGCGACGGCGAUCCUCCUUCUUCCUGGACCACAUCCCGUUCCUUCACCUGAUGACGGUGCAGCUGGCCCUGCUUUUUCUCUUUCUCUCUUCUUGCUUUUCAUCCCCCACGUUCUUUCCCCUUUCUUUGGGCUCAGCAGCGGCAUUACCACUCACUGGAUCCGGCGAGACACAGACGGAGCGCGGCGUGCAUGUGCCUAUAUACCGACAGCGCGGCGCGCGCAGCGGCGGGUUGAGGCGGCGGGCAGGGCUGACGGGUGACGUGGGACUGGGCGAUUUCGUAGACAUCACAUACAGCUUCUUGGUCUCGGUGGGCGGUGGCCAAGCUGUUCCGCUGGUCCUCGACACUGGCUCAUCAGAUCUUUGGGUCGCCUCGGAUGCAUGCACGGCAUGCCGGACCUCGCUGCCGCUAUUUCCUCAGGCCACCGUAGCUCAAACGGGCAUGGGCGUGAAUCUGCAGUACGGUGACUCGCGCACGGGCACGCAUGCGAGCGGAAUCAUUGGCACCGACUCCGUGACCUUCGCUGGAAUCACCAUCCCCAACCAAUACUUCGCCGCGAUCAACGACACAGACACGAACGUGCUCAACACCGGGUGCGCCGGGAUCUUCGGGAUGGGCUUCUCGCUUAAUAGUCUCAUUUGGAACGAGGUGUUCACGACCCAGUUCAAGGCGUCUCACAGCGCGACGUCCGGGCGCGCACUUCUCGAGUCCGAGGCCCUCGAGCAGGAUGACCUCGCUACGAGUAACUUCGGGACUCGAUUUUUCCCCGACCUGAACGCGCUGGCCUCGACGAAACGCGCGACUAGCUCGGUGACGCAGGCGGUCUUCCAGUCGUACCUGCGGCAAGGGACUCCGCUCACCCGGAUGGUGACGCAAAGCUCGCUCGCGAUGCCCAUGUUUUCUAUCACGCUCCAGCGCGACACCCUCGACAUCGGUGGUAAUGCGGGCAUUCUGAGCAUUGGCGAACUUCCGACUGGAAUCCAAGCGUCUCAGCUUACCUGGGUUCCUGUCAGAGGCUAUCCGAAUGCGCUUGAAGCACCUGCAGACUCGCCGAAUGAGAUCUAUCCCAUUGCAUGGGAAGUGUUUGUGAAUGGUGUCUAUCUCGACGGCCAGCUGUUGCCCAAAUCUAACCUAACUCCUGCGAGUAUUGAACCUUCUGCGCUGCUCGACACCGGCAACUCUCUCAUACGUGGCCCAGCCGAUGUCGUCAACCUCAUCAAUUCGCAACUCGGAUCUACGGUCUCGUGUGGACAAGCGCAUAUCCUCGAGUUUGACAUUGGCGGAACGCGCUUCCCAGUCGAUCCGCGUGAUCUCGUCAGCCAGGCGACCCAAGAGGCGCUUCCGAAUUGUGCCGUGAAUAUCGUCCCCACGGACAGUCCUGUUGAGGGCCGAGGAUACCAAUACAGCUGGUCUCUCGGCGACCCUUUCCUCAAAAGCGUGCUGUCAUCGUUCUACUUUGGGAAUAUCACGCACCCCUCGGUAGACGAGCCCCGUGUGGGGCUGAUGUCGACCGUCCCGCCUGACGCUGCUGCGCUUCUCCAAGGUGCAAUUUCAGAUGCCAUCAUCCAGCAUGGCAGCAACGAAUUCACGACCUCGAACGGCGCGCCUGCUGCAGCUCCGACUGGGACGAUGGGCGCGAGUGGCAUUCCUGCGUCGUCUGUGGGCAACAUUGACGGAGGGAAGACGAGCUCGGCGAGGACACUCUACCGACCUCAUCUCAUAAUAUCGCUUUUGACACUGGUGGUUUGUACGAUACUGUAAUUACGUGGACUCGGUUGUCUUGUCGCUCGCUGACGGAAGGGUCAUGAUACGUGACGGCUCCGCUUGGGCU